AUGGCCUUCGCCCACCGCAACGCCCUAGCCAAAACCCUCCGCAGCCUACACAUCCCCGGGCAACCCCUCCUCCUAACCAACGUAUGGGACGGCAGCACCGCCAAAGCCGUAACCACCCACCCAGCAACCAAAGCCGUAGCAACAGCCAGCUACGCCAUAGCCGAAACCACCGGCGUGACCGACGGCUCCCUCUCCCUCUCCGAUAACCUCUUCGGGAUCCGUCGAGUCGCCAACAUCGUCGACAAAGCCGGCCUGCCCCUAACCGCCGACCUGCAAGACGGCUACGAAGACAUCAGAACGAAUAUCAAGAAAGUCAUCGAGGCGGGCGCGGUGGGAUGCAACAUCGAAGAUGAGAACCACGCGACGUCUCAACUGCGGCCGUUCGAUGAGGCUGUGACGAGGAUCAGGACCGCCGUUGCAGCCGCGAAGGAAGUGGGUGUGCCGGAUUUCUGCAUCAACGCCCGAACCGACACGCUCGUGUACGGCGGGACGAUCGACGAAGCCAUCCAACGUGGCAAAGCGUUCCUCGAAGCUGGCGCUCUGACGGUGUUCGUCUGGGGUGGUCCUAGCGGGAGGGGAUUGAGGGAUGCCGAGAUUAAGCAGUUGGUGGAGGCUUUUGGGGGAAUGUUGAAUGUGAAGAUGAAUUUGAGGGAGGGGCAAUUAAAUGCGAGGGAGUUGGGGGAGUUGGGGGUUGCGAGGAUUAGUAUUGGGCCGGAGCUUUGGGGGAAGGCGAUGGCGAGGUUUAGGGAAGUUUUGGAGGAGACGAUUGCCGCGAAGGAGUAG